AUGACAGAGCUGGAGUGGAUCCCUCGUUCCAGUAUAAUGCCAGCAGCUGGAACAAUGUACCUAACAACUUCAACUGGAUAUCCUUACACUUACCAUAAUGGUGUUGCUUAUUUUCAUACUCCAGAAGUAACUUCUGUCCCACCACCUUGGCCCUCACGUUCUAUAUCUAGUUCCCCUGUGAUGGUAACUCAGCCUGUUUAUCAGCAGUCUGCAUAUCACUACCAGGCCCCUGCACAGUGUCUACCAGGUCAGUGGCAGUGGAGUGUUCCUCAGUCUCCUGCCUCUUCUGCUCCGUUCCUAUACCUACAACCAUCGGAGGUUUUUUAUCAACCAGUGGAAAUUGCACAAGAUGGAGGAUGCGUUCCUCCUCCGCUGUCUCUGAUGGAAGCUUCCAUUCCAGAACCCUAUUCUGAUCAUGGAGUUCAAGGAACAUAUCACCAGGUUUAUGCUUCAAGUGCCAUUGCUAUGCCUGCACCUGUGAUGCAGCCUGAACCAAUUAAAACAGUGUGGAGCAUUCAUUAUUAA